AUGCAGGAAAAUGUUGGCCUUAUGUCAUGCAAUGACGCCACGCUCUUGGAUCAGGAGAACUAUCACAUCCUUCAGCUAUUCUUCUCCGAUAAGAAAUAUUACCAAAAAAUAGUGGAUCUCAUGCACGAGAUUUCUCGCUACACAGCUUAUGGCCAGUGUAUGGACACAGCCUCCCAUCCCCCCAACCAAAAGCCACAGUUCCAUCUGUUUACGCAGUUACGAUACGACAGUAUUGCCAAAUACAAGACGGCCUACUACUCAUUCGUCUUACCCGUUAGGCUCGCGAUGUAUAUGUCAUCACUUGAUUCAGAAGAAGAGCACAAGACUGCAGAGGAAAUACUCCUCAAAAUUGGACACUUGUUUCAGGUGCAGGACGACUAUCUGGACUGUUAUGGAGACCCGGCUAUUAUUGGCAAAAUAGGCACAGAUAUAGAGGAGGGAAAGUGCAGUUGGCUUAUCAUAUCUGCCUUCAAACUGUGUGAUCAAAAACAGAGGGCUAUUAUUGAGGAGAAUUGUGGCAUAAAAGACGGCGAUUGUGUCCGAAGAGUGAAAGAAGUUUAUAACGAACUCAACCUUAAAGACCACUUCAAGAAAGAAGAGGAAAGGCUUUACAAAGAGAUUUGUCUUAUGAUUGAGAGCUUGAAAAAUGAGAUUCAAUUGAGUCCUCAAAUAUUCACUGAGUUUUUGGAGACAAUUUAUCAAAGAGAAAAAUAG